CCAUCUUCCUCCAUGUAUCCACACCACAUCGGCUGGAGCGUUCAACAGGACGACAGCAUAACAUUACUCGAACCACCUACCGCUAGAUUUUGGUACGGCCAUGGCCUCCUGCCUAUAUAUACAGGCAUCCUUCAUCUCCCGUCUCCCAUCUCAGCUUUGUCACCUCGCAUGGUAACUAUAGGAAAACCUUACUUAAUACGCAUCAUGUCGUUCCCGGUGUCGUACCCAGAAACAUCACUCAUACAGCCCGUCCCCCGGAGACAAGACACUCCUAUAAUUUCCGACGCGUUUGAGUCGUCUUGGGGAUCUUCGUCGUCCUCAGCAGGCUGUCCAUGCUGCGCCACGCCACCGAUGCCAAAUCCGGCCCCACCGACCAAUAUAAGCCCCAGUAUUGAAUUGGGCUCGGGCUCUUUCGCUGCCCUUGAGGAUCAAUUCACGAAAACUCUGACAAUUCAGUCGACCAGUCCAUUCCAUGCUCAGGCUGUGGCCGCGGUUCUAAACGACCGGCGAGCCGCAGGUCACCGGCUCCUCGUCGAGCUCCUCUGCCACCGAGCAUUUGACACAUUCGGCGCUCAGAACAGCAUCCGCAAGUUCAGCACUUCCUAUCAUCAACGCUUUGUUCCGGGUGACACCUUGUUUAUCAUCGUUCGUCGAGUGAACCAAGGGUGGCUGACCUGGCUCGAGGCGGACAUCACCCGCGCCGAUAUGUUGGUUGCUACUACAACCGGUCUUUAUGAUGGCCCACUUCUACAACCUGACGACUUACGGCGGGAGCCUGAUGGUCUUGCACAUGGCUUUGGGGGUUUGACAACCUUUUAUGCUCCCGAUCAGAGCGCAAAUGAAACCGUUUAG